CGAUAGGCUACAAGUUUGAUUCCCACAGGCACCAGUUAUAUCUCAUGUCCGAUCGAUAAGUAGGACAAACUACAGCACCUAGGUGGUGUAAGGGUCUUUUCCUCUCAUUUUCGACGAACGAGCCCAGAGAACAUACAAAUGUCGAUUGUGCAGGUGGAUUCGAACGACGGCUGCACGGGGGUUGUCGGUGAACCAAAGGUAGAGGAAAUAAGGGCGUCAAUUGAUGGGACACAGGAAUUGAGUGGCUUCCAAGCAAAAGCUUCCUCAUCUCAAGGUAACUUUAAUUCAGAUACGGGAGCUUCAAAAUCAGAAGACGCGCUCAGCAAUUUAGAACUGAAUGCAUUAGCCCACUUUUGGGAUGAAAGUGUUGAACGGAAGCAGUACACAGAACGAGAGAUUACAUAUAAUUUACUUUUGCGGAAAUUGGUUGAUGAGUUCAUGGACCGAACUGUGACAUACUCACAUCAACCCAAGCAGCUACUGAAUACACUGCGAUCCGUGCUAGAGCGAAAUUUCCCGGAAUUCGGUGCUUCCUUCCAUUGUGAACGUAUUUGCGCAUAUUUGAAAGCUUGCAGAAGAAAUGCAAAGAAGCAACGAGGGGAACCGUUCGUAAGAAUGAGUGCGCGAUACCUCAGCGCCGGAUUGGCUACACGAAUGGCUGAACAGAUGUAUGUUAAAGAAAGAGAAAUGUUGAGCAAAUCUUUUGCAACUUUUCCACAGUCUUCGGAUUUAUCACAAAUCGCACGUUCUGACCAUGUCAACAAGCAAGCCAUAUCCAUUUCCCCUGCUUUAGUGCCAAUUUUGCCCCUAUCGGUUCUUCCUGAUAUAACGACGAGUUGCAAAAUGCCAGAUAAGAUGUCGGAAAAGGCAGCACAACCCUCGGUUCAAUUCAAUUUGGAACAAUUUGGAUAUCAAGAACCGGGAAUGGCGGAACUGAUGAUGGCAAAAAUGCUCACUCAAACGGCUGAAUUCCUACUUUUAACAGCAAAUCGGAUUGAAGCCGGGCAAAGUUGGUUUAAUGACUCGACCAUCCAUCUAAACAUAUAA